UAAAAGUGAGGAACAUUUCAAAAAUUUAAAUAUGCAAGGUCCAAAUAACAUUCAAUAUACAUGUUCUCCAUGCGGAAAAUAUAACUGUUUUGUGUGUUUAACUAAUUGUGAGAAGUGCAAAAAAGUAAAUUGUUCAUGCAGAAUAAUAAAGUAUAAAACCAAAAUAUCGCGUGUAAAACCACUCUAUCAUUUUGAUGAUGAUCCAUUUAAAAUUAAAGUUGGAGGAGUUGGAGAUAUUUGUGAAAUAAAAUCUUUUAGAGAUGCUAACUUACCAGAAGUGCUGAUUGAAAACCUUAAAAAGCUUUUAUACCAGUUUCCUACUCCUGUACAGGUGAUCUCAAUACCAAUAUUGCUAGCAGGUAAAGAUUUAUUAGCUCGUGCAGAAACUGGAUCAGGAAAAACGGCUGCAUUUCUAAUACCAAUUGUUUCAACCUUGAUUAAGAAAAAAACUGUAAAAACUGCAGGUUCUGCAAAAAAAACAGAACUACAAAAAAAUCCAUUUGCUGUAAUUUUAACUCCAACACGAGAAUUGGCUUUACAAAUUGAAAGAGAAGCUUUAUUGUUAACAGAAAAUACCUGUAUUAAGGUAGUAUGUACCUAUGGUGGGAUACGUAUUAGAGAUCAGAUGAAAAAAAUUGCACAAGGUUGUGAUAUACUUAUUGGAACCCUUGGGAGAAUCCUUCAUCUUGCUGAAGAACAAAUGCUCUCACUAAAAGAACUCAAGGUACUUAUUAUUGAUGAGGGAGAUCAUAUGCUAGAUAAAAACUUUGUUAGAGAUAUAGAAAUAUUGGUGAAUUGCUUUGAUAUGCCUGAAAAAGCUCUACGACAGACUGCUUUAUUUUGUGCAACGCUACCAACUACUCAAAUAAUGCAUGAUCAAAAAGGAGCUAAAAAAAAACUAGCUUUUUUUACUGACACUGUUUGCAUGUUUUUGAAUGAUACGUACUGUCAUGUAGAUAUUGGUAACAACCUGACCUCACCAAAAUCCAUAAUUCAAACAUUCUUAUUGGUAGAUAAACCAGAAUUAAAGUUUCAAAUAUUAGAAAAUCAAAUUGUUAAAGAACUAUCGCAAAAUAAUAAAACUAUUGUUUUUGUUGAAACUAUUAAAGAAACUAUAAAAAUAGCUCAACAGCUGUGUAAUAAAAAUUACCCUGUAACAGUUAUUCACGGUCAUCGUACUCAAAACGAUCGAAAAAGGGCUAUCUAUGAAUUUAAUGAAGAUUUAAAACCCCUUUUGAUAUGUACAAAUGUUAGCGCGCGUGGCCUUGAUAUUUGUGAAGUUAAAACAGUCAUAAAUUAUGACUUGCCAAAUCUUAAUCAUGAUGACAUUAGAACAUACGUAUAUCGAAUUGGGCGUGCAGGUCGUAUUGGAAAUCCAGGUAAAUCUAUCUCAAUGUUUGUGAAGGGAAAGGAUGAAGUAUUAGCUAGACCAUUGGUUGUUUUAUUAGGAGGGUCUGAACAAGAAGUACCAACAUGGCUGGAAGAGCUUUGCUCAAUGCAUGAAUUGAUCAAGUUGGAAAAUUAUCACCAAGCAAAAUUUGAAGCAAAAAAUGCUGCUAUGUUAGGAGAGAAAAAUUCUAGUAAAGAUACUAGAAGUUAUAAAAACAAAGGGCAAACAAUGGUUAUUCCUUAUUGUUUAUCUGAGUUGAGUGCUAUCUAAAACAUACUUUAUGGAGGUGCACAUAGUUUUGUGUUUUAUAACAUACUUUACUGGAGGUGUACAUAGUUUUGUGUUUUUAUGGAGGUGUACAUAGUUUUGUGUUUUUUUUUGUGUUUGAGCAUGUGUUUAAAAGAUUAUUACGAUUUUUUUUGCUAAUAAAUUUUAUUUGUAAAUAAACUUGCAUUGGAAACCUUUUGUAAAUAUACUUGCAUCUGUUGA